AUGGGAAGUGUUUCAUCAAAUCCUAAUGCUGACGAGACUGGUACUAUAAGCAAUCUUCCUAUGCAUCUUAGGAGGAUGGAAUUGAAAUUUGACAUUACAAAAGAAGUCAAUCCAAACCUUAAACAACUAUUGCAUUGGUCAUUGAUGGAAAUCAGAUAGGUAUAUGAAUAAUUUCAGAGAAGAUCAACUUCUCCGUUUAUUGAUAAAAACAUUUUCUGUAAGAUUGUACCUUUUAGCAGAUCAAAUGCAAGCUUUAUCUUCGAUUAAUUUUGUGUCGGAAACAAAGUUCUCUCCAUUUAUGAAUUAAUAUGUAUUCUGACAAUUACUGCCUACACCCAAUAUAUCCACAAAGUUCAUUUCUUGUAUAUCGUUUUCGACCUAGAUUGUAGUGGAAACAUAAGUCUUAAUGAGCUACUGAUUAUAUUUAAAUCGAUUAUAUUAGGAUACUGCAAGUUAACAGAAGCUGAGUUACCAUCUUACAUCUAAUUGGAGAAGUUCGCAAAAUUAAUGUUUCUCAAAAGUGAUAUCUAAGUAGAUAAUUCAUUGGAGCUCAGCGAGAUAAUAGAGUGGCUGGAUAAUAAUCCUACAGGUUUACAAUUAUUUCAAAUGUAUGAACCUAAGCAGAAGGUACAAGAGCCCUUUGAAGCAUUUCGUUCUUUUCGAGCCUACACUGAACAAGAGGCAGAGAAUAUGUUAGAAAUGAUAACUAAAUCCAAUAAGAAUGAAUACUAUAUGAAAAGCCUUAAUGAUUAAGUUGGUAAAAGGAAUAAAUUUAGUUAUAUGGCAAAUACAAAAAGUUAAUAAUAACAAUAAAUAUAUUCUAUCUAAUAAUAAAGAAAUUAGUCUUUACCUAAAAUUUAAGCUUAAAAAUAAUUAAAUAUGGAAGAAGAAUUGGAAGAGUUAAAUAUUUUAGAAAAAGCAUUAGAUUAACACCAAAAGAAAUAUGAUUUAUCAACAGAAAAACCAUCUUAAAGUCUGCAUCAUCCUGCUUAAAAUCCUAUUUCAUUAGGCAAGAGAAUAAAAAGCUAAGGUAGGAUAAUGAAAAACAUUAUUAUAACUAAAGGGUGCACAUUAACAAGGAAUGAGAUCUUUCGAGUAAAGAAUUAUUUUGACUCGCUAUCUGAUAAUAAUAAGGUUAUUGGUGUUAAGGAUUUUACAAAAGCGUUUUAGAAUAAACCUCACAUGAAAAGGGUCACAGCUAGUCUGUACAAUUACUUAGAUUCGAAAUAAAAGGGAUUUGUCACUUUUGACUAAUUGAUGCUGAAACUUUACCCUUCAUUAACAAAAUUGUAAUUGGAAAUUAUUAAUAAUUGGAUCAAAUAAUAUAAUGAGGUUUUCUCUAAGAGUUCUAAGGAAAGCAUCGAGUUGGAAGUUCUUAAAAACAAUGAUACAAAACAAUUGAAAAGAAAGAGAGUAUUACCAAAGAGCAGUAUGAUCAGAAUCAAACAGAUUUAUGAUUUGAUCGAUCAAGACAACAAAGGAUAUAUAUCUCUGGAAGAUCUUAAAAAGACUUUUACUUAUGGUUUUACUGGUAAAGAAGUUGAAGAUUUAUUUCGAUUACAUGAUUUGGACAAAGAUGGAAAAUUAGGAAUGGAAGACUUUAUCAGAAUUAUCCUUCCACCAGACUAUGUCAUUGAGGAUGAAGCAGAAGAAUAAUGA